AUGUGUUCCCGUCGUCUGGAGCCUAAUAUUAUAAUUACUGGCACACCAGGAUGUGGUAAGUCUUCUACGAGUGAACUACUUCAAAGGAGACUGGAUGAUUUCAAAUACUAUAAUAUAUCAGACUUCGCCGCAACACAUGAUUGCCACGAUGGUUAUGAUGAAGGACGUAAAUCCCACAUUGUUGAUGAGGAUAAAUUACUCGAUGAAUUGGAGCCAUUACUACGUAGAGGUGCUAGCAUAGUAGAUUGGCAUGUCAAUGACAUUUUUCCUGAGAGGCUCAUAGAUCUUGUUAUUGUACUUAGAUGUGACAGUUCAAUUUUAUGGGAAAGACUCAAUAGUCGAGGAUACCAUCAAUCUAAACUCGAUGAAAAUUUAGAUGCAGAGAUUAUGGGAGUAGUUUUACAAGAUGCUCUAGAUUCAUACAAGAAAGAAAUUGUUAUUGAAUUGGACAGUAAUAAUGCAAAGGAAAUGGAAAAUAAUGUAGAUCGUAUAGAAUCCUGGGUGAACUUAUGGAAAGAACAGCAUAAGGAUGGUGUAACGAAUGAGUUGCAAGAGAAAGAUGACCAUGACGACGAUGAUGACCAUGACGAUGAUGAUGAUGAUGAUGAUGAUGAAAACGAGAAACAAGUCAAUCAAGCAUCUAGCGAAGCUGAUUCCGAGUAG